CGUGAGAAUACCCUAGCUCUGGAGGUCGGAAGGCUUGGCACUGGGAGCUUUUUUCUGCCUCCAUGAUGGGACGAGGACGGAACACCAAGUGCACCAGCCACAACAUUUCGAUUUUUGGACUCUAACAGCGUCCUCCGCGUGAAGGUGCUGUGUAGGCUUCGUUCUGCAAUCCAUUGGACUUAAUUGGCAGGAUGCCUCCACGGUUGGGGUCAACACGGUUGACCUCAAAGGCAUCGAGUUCUUCUUCGACUCUUACGGCCGCCGCCCGCCCCUCCACAGUCGCCUGCACACAGCGCCAGUUCUCACAGACAUCGAGUCAGCAGGUUACCAGGCGAAGACGGGAGUUCUAUCAAUGGCUCAACGGUCCGGGUAGACAAUUGAGGAAACCGCUUCCCAAUUCGACUAACUACCUUGGUGCUUGGGACAAGUACGGAAACCUGGUACGAGCACCGCCAACCUGGGAGCGAAAGACCCCAGAACAAUUAGAGAAAGAGGAGGCGGAAAAGGCAAAAGCGAAGGCAAAAGCGAAGGCGGACGCGAUAGAGAAAGCUAAAAAAGAGGGCGAGGAGGGCAAGGCUAAGACGCCGGCUGAAGAGGAAAAGCCUGACGAUCUCGAGGCCUCCGUGAGACGUGAUGAGGAAAAGGCCAAGGCACAAGAGGAACAGGAUCCGAACUACCUUCCCCAGGAGUCGGAAGAAGAUUUGCAGCCGUUCCCGCUCAACAGAUAUUUCAGAAGUCAACCAGUAUUGAGUGAAGCGCUAAGGGAGGAGAUCUACCAGAGGGUGACAAGAGAUGGAGCCACUGUAUCGCUGGCAAGUGUCGAGUUCGGCGUCAGCAAUGAGCGCGUCGGCGCGGUCGUGCGACUGAAGCAACUGGAGAAAGAAUGGAUCGCUCAGGGCAAACAACUCGCACAACCCUACGCCAAAGCUGUGUUGCAAAUGCUCCCUCAGACCCCUUUCAUCGACCAAUCGCUCCCCGAGAACAAAAACACACGACCCAUUCCCCACGAACCCAUCAACGACCUGAUCGUCCACCCCGCCACCCGACAACAGCUAUUCGUCCCCGUCGCCGAGUCCCGCAAAUUCACGCGUGAGGACGCCGGAAAGGCUUUCGCAAACGAUCUCCUCCCCGCCGACGCCCGCAUCCCGCAUCCCGAGCUUGUCCAGGCCGAGCGCGAGAUCGCAGAGGGUCUGCCCCGGGCUCAGAGGGAACAACGCGCGGUCGAGCGCUUCCAGAAGGAGCAGGCCGCCAAGGCAGCGGCGGAGGCAGCGAAGAAGGCAGAGGAGGCCCGCUCCCGAAACGUUGUGCCCCAGCGACGAUGGGACUACGUCUUCACGGAUGUGAGCGUGGAGCGCGCGGGCAAGGAUGGCCGAGGCGUUGGAGGCGUGGGUUGGAGGUACGGUUUCCCCCACGAGGACAGGAAGAAGGGACAGGUCAAGAUUCCCACGAAGGUCGACGCAUAGAUUUAGGGAGGGUUGUGGUUGGUCGAAAUCAAGUGUACGAUAUGUAUUAUCGUUUGUAUAUUUUAUUUCCCUCUAUGUCUCCCCGCCUCUUGGAAGUGGAGAGAACUUGGUUGGGCAUGGCAUAGCAUGGCAUUGUGCAAUCAAAAGCGGCAAGGCCUGGCUUAAAUAUCAAUGAUGUCUGAACGUUA